GCCCGGCCCGGCCUCCCCCAGUCGAGUCGACGCACGGCCGCCCCGGUCCACGGCCUCCUCCUCCGCCUCCAAAGGAAAGGAAAACCACCCGCACGCACGCACGCGCACGCACUUCCACGACCUUCCCCCCACUUUCCCCGCCCCCCUCCGCCAGUCCACCGCCGAUGCCGCCGGCCUCGCCGCCCACCUGACGCCAUGCCGCUCCACUACCGCCGGAUCCUCUUCUCGGGCGACUGCGAUCCUUGGUACGACUGCCCCCCGCCUCCCGCCCCUCCCUUCUUCACCCCUUCCCCCUCUCCCUCUCCCUCGCCUUCCUCUCCGCCUCCGAUCACAUCGCCUCCUCCUCCGCCUUCUCUGUCUUUCUAUUUCCCUUUUACCCCGGACCUCGCUCCGUCCCCUUCCCCCGUCCAUGACGGCGGCGGUGGUUGGAGAGACCACCAGGGAGGAGGAACUUACGGGUACGGCGCCGUCGACGACCACCGCCGCCGCUUCGUCACCUACGUCCUCUGCGCCGCCGCGGCGCUCGCGUUCCUCUCGCUCAUCCUCCUCGGCCUCUCGAUCGCCGUCCGUCGCCGGCAGCUGCGGCAGCGGAGGCAGGCGCUCCUCGCCCAGCCGCCGGCCGCCGCGACCAACGUCGGAAACGACGACCCGGAGGGCCGCGGCGGGGGCGGCGUGGUGCACCACGUCUGGUACAUCCGGACCGUCGGGCUCGACGAGGCCGCGAUCGACUCGAUCGCGGUGACGCCCUACCGCGCGGGGUCUGGGCUCCUCGGCGCCGCCGACUGCUCCGUGUGCCUCGGCGAGUUCAACGACGGCGAGCUCGUGCGCCUGCUGCCCAAGUGCGGCCACGCGUUCCACGUCCCCUGCAUCGACACCUGGCUCCGCGCCCACGUCAACUGCCCGCUCUGCCGCUCCGACGUGCUCGACCCCACCACCACGGCCGCCGGAGCCGGCAUCGAGUCCAACUCCAACCCACCAGCUGAUCCAGAUGUGAGCGCCAACGCCGCAGCCGAGCAAGCGGCUGCCGCGAGCGAUUCGACGCUGGAAGACGAAGACGAGGAGGAGGACCAGGAAGCGCCGCGCGUGGAAGAAGACCAGCACGAGCAGCAGCAACCCAGUUCGCCAGAGCCAGAGCCAUUGCCGCAGCUCCCGGGCCCGCUGCCGCGGAAUGUGCGGCGCGCGGCGUCCAUGAACGCGGCGAUGGUCUCAACCGCGGCAGGCGUCGCCGCGCUGGACCGGCUGCCUGACGCGGCCCCCGAAGGGGAGGAGCAGAGUGGCAGAGAGAAGCAUCAAAGCGGUGCGGCCGGCCAUCCGAGCAGCGAGAGGCCCGCGUCCGGCGGUCUCCCGAGGUCCUUCUUCGCGCGGCACUGCCGUGCCCGGAGCUCCGUGCUGCCGCUGUGACGGCGCCGAGACCCCGAGCUGAAUUUUUGAUCCUGGUCGCCAAUAAUGUUACCCGAUCAACGCCCCAAAUGUGUGUGAUACCUGUUGCUUGUAAUCUCAAAACCGAUGAUUGCGAGUUCAAACGCGAAAUGCAGCAAAGAAAAGCGAAAUCUUUUAUGUUGUC